GCAGCAUUUCGUCUGCUUCGAACCUGACUGAAGUGUUGUGUCGGUGUUAUUCGGACUGCCAGGAGCUGUGCACCGCCCUGAAUUCCUCUGUCUGGUAGGGCGCCUGCUGUCAGUGCCUGUUAAUAAUAAUGCCUUCCACCCCCGAACGUAGGAACGACCGACCCUCGUUGUCGCGUCGCAGCAACCGCCACAACCAGCAGCCCACCGACGAGCAUCGCUCUCCCUUUCGAAGAGCUCAUCAAGCUCGUCUUACCGAUCAUUUUGACGCGUCGUUGAACCUUAGCCCUCCUUACGAAUCCAACUCCCCCCGUCAUCGCCGCAACUUCAGCCAAACCAAUUCCUUACGAAGUGCAUUCGCGUUCGCAUCACGUCUCGAUACCAUGCCGGACCGAGAAGCUGCACCCGAUACAUUGGCUGGGUACGACUCGUACGACUCGUACUCCAGGAGUCGGGAUCCUUUCCUCCUUUCGUCUCCAGUCUCGAAUCCUCCGAAUGAGCUCGCGGAAACGUACCGCCAAAUCGACGAUGCGGGCAGCCUCGUCGACGAGAAUCCAUUCGACGCAGAUUUUCAGCUUCCCAAUAUACGUGGCAGCCGUAGUCGAGGAUCGUCCUCGGCGUCGGCGAGGAAGAGAAGCGACUGGUUCGCGACAUAUGACCUGCACGACGUUACGAACGAGUCGCCUCCCCGGAAACAGGGUGACCGUGUCGAGGACGAGCGGCGUCUGAGAAGAGCUACCUCGAGUCGGUCGCCUGUGCUCAGCAAUGCAGGAACUCGAGACCCAUUGACCUCGGAGAAUCUCCAGCGACGCGACAAGGAGGAAGAACUUCAGGAAGGGGCAAUGGAGGAGGACGACAAUGAUCACGGGCCCAGGCCCCCGUUGAACCUGCCUUCGUGGGGAUCCCGGGCGGCUCAUCGUGGAAAGUGGUUGGAGAAGAUGACGCGCCGCAGCACGCUGCCGCUGGGUUCCACGGUGGACAGAUCGAAGGACCCCUCGCCUCCGAGGGUGAAUCCGGACCGGGACGUACAAAAUAAUGUGGAAGAAGGGACCAUGGCUGAAGAUGGCCCGACAGGAAAAUACGGCAGAAUUCCCCUCUCUGACGCGCAAAAUAAGUUAUCUCUGGAACAAAACGCCCAGAAAGGGACCGAAAUCCCCAAUACACCAGUCACGAUAUUUCCCAAGUCCUAUUUCGCCAAGAAAAGUCCGAUCGACAGGGACUCACGCGUGUUACUUCAAAGAUUGUCCCGCGCCGAAAGCCCUGGGCAGCCAAGUACCAACACCUUCAAGACUCCAGAAGCCCAGAAGGUGUCCGAAAGGCCCCGGAUCUACGAUAAGACGCCGGUGGUGACCGGUGCUUGGAUCGACACCCCGAUGACGGAACGAGUUGACAAAUUCCCCGAAGAACUUUCGCGCGAUAUCGUGCCAUCGCCGCCGCAAAACCAUCGAUAUGCAUCAACUUUCCUGCCUCGAGAGUCCAGAAUCAGCGAAGUGUCAGAGCCUUCUGAAUCGGAGGCGAUGAGCAAGACGGAGGCUGAAAAGGGGAAGCAGGAGCAAGAGAAGCCAAGCCUUAUCAAGACGGAGCCUGUAGCGGAGAACAAGCCCAAGGACGACGAGGCAGAACGGAGUAUUGGAGGACCUAACAAAGAAGGUCCAAAAGAAGAACCGAAGGAGGCGAGACAACAAGGAAAGCAACCGGAAGCGAACCAGAAACCCGCGUCGAAAAACAAGAGACCAUUGAUCAAACCAAAUCUGCCCAAGAGCGCGCUGGAGACGGUAUUACAAGACUUCAAAGCUCACAAGGACAUACUCGACGUUGGCGAUGAUACGAUCGAGUCCCUCCAGGGACUUCUUGAGGGGAAGCCGAGUGAGAAUGCUACUCCUGAAGAGGAAGAUGCUGCAUACGAGAAGGCUAUAAUGAAGAAGCUCGAGCUCGGAAGUUCCGGAGGCAACGAGACAGUGGACUUGGACCGUCUAAACGAGAAGCUGAAGUCUCUUGCGGACAACAUUCAGAAAGUCAAAUCCGGACUCAAGAGCCUGGAGGAACAGGCUACUCGCGACGCCGACACUCUGACUGUACCCUCAUCCAAGGGCUCCAAGCACUCACGAGCAACCAUCUGUGCGAAAUGCCAGGCCGAGACUGAAGGCCAGGUCUUCACCAUUUUCUCCUUUCCUCGGCUCUGGCAUCGCGAUCCAAUCUCCCGGCGCGUGCGGCCCACCGGCCUGGGAUGGUGCCUGCUUAUAUCCUUGGCCUGGUUCUGGUCCGAAACCACCAUGUGCGAUUACUACUGCCAUCCUUUCAUCUCGAAUGUCUGCGAGGGCAACUGUCUCCGGCCUGAUGCACCGCGGUUUCCCUACGUGAUCCCGACCAUGCUCUGGCGCUGGCUCAAUCUGUCGUCUCUCUUCACGCCGCUGUGGGCCGUCGUGAUUGCCGUUGGCAAAUUCAUCGCUCUCUCGCUCGGUUUGUGGGACGGCUAUGUCGAGGAGGCGCCCCGACCGUUAAAUCUUUCGGGUGAACUCCGCAUCCACGGAACCCGUGUCGUGAGCCUCGCAGAAUCCACAGCGGCAGCCAGCAGUGGCUUCUUCUCGCCGUCGAGGCUGUGGUCCGGAAGGGAGGAGCGGCCGGCGGUGCCCGAAGCUGUCCCGGAGUUGAAGCUGAACGGGGGGCGGAACCCCAGUGGAAGACAAGCUAGUGCUAACUCGUGGGAUGAGGAUGGGUCAAUGGAGGAUGACGAGGUUAUUUGAAAUCAAGUUACAGAUGACUCUUAUUAUCCCCUAAUUAUAACAACCGGACACAUCCACUGCUGCAUUAUCGUCGCAUUUUCCUACGUGCUUUUAGCAAGGGACAUGA